AUGGGUUUCCUAGGCCCUUUUUUGUACUCCCAGCUUUUCGUUACCCCAGAAUAUCCAAGCAAAUCAUUUGCUGGACAGACAAUCAUCGUGACAGGAUCAAAUACUGGCCUUGGACUCGAAGCCGCUCGGCAUUUUGUAAGACUUGGGGCCGAAAAAGUCAUACUCGCCGUUCGCAACUUAGAUGCCGGUGAGACAGCUAAAAGUUCUAUCGAAGAAUCGACUGGAAGAAAGAAUAUUUGCGAGGUUUGGGAGUUAGAUUUAGCCUCUUAUGCCUCUGUUCAGGCAUUUGCUAAACGAGCAUCAUCCGAACUUGACAGAAUUGACGUGUUACUUGAAAAUGCUGGAGUCGCGACCAAAAUACAUUUUGAGCGGGCGGAAAAUCACGAAAGAACAAUAACAGUCAAUGUCAUCGGCACUUUUCUGCUUGGGCUACUGCUUUUACCAAAGUUGGAAGAAACAGGAACUAAAAACCCUGUCGAAAAGCCUCGGUGGACCAUCGUGACCAGCGAAGUGCAUGCCCUCACCAAUCUACCAGAAUGCAAGGAUGGAAACACAUUUGUCAGCCUCGACGACCCACAAAAGUCGAACAUGAAUGAUCGGUACCCAACAUCAAAGUUAUUAGAAGUGCUAGUCGUGCGCGAGCUUGCCCAAAGGAUUACAAAUAAUAAUGUAGUCCUUAACAUGCUCAAUCCAGGACUAUGUCAUUCGACACUGUGGCGCGAGAGGAACUGGCCAGUUUUGAUUUUUUCACUAUUUUCGUUUGUACGGACGACUGAAGUAGGUGCCCGAUGUCUGGUAGCUGGCGCAGCUGCAGGAGAUGAAAGUCACGGUGCUUAUAUGACUGAUGGUAAGGUGAGCAAUGGGCAUCUGUCGGCGUUUGUGACCAGCGAUGAGGGACGAAAUGCGCAGAGGAAAGUUUGGUCAGAACUAAAGGCAAUACUGGAAGACAUUGUACCUGGGGUCACAGCAUCUUAUUGA